CUCUCUCUCUCUCUCUCUCUUGCCUACUCGGACGCAAAACAGUGACACAAUGAACUAGAAACAGCGGCUGGAGAUGGAUCGUCUUGAGAACGAAUGUUAGUUGGUAUACAUUCUCUGUCGCUUUUUCAUAAUACGAGUAUGUUUACAGGCAGGGGGCCUGUAUGAAAUAUAAUAGGAAUGGAUAAUUUAUAUGAAUAACGAGACUAGAAGAGAAGAUAAAAACAAUCGAAAGCCUGAAAUACGCAUUAGUUGCAAUAUCGAGAAGGCUAUAAAAUCAGCCCGCCUUGCCUUCAAAAUGUUCAAACCUUCUGAGAUGGCGCGUCUGUCGCUUCCACUUGAAUCCCGCGCCCGGCGCGCGCCGUAGGUGUGGUGAGCGUGUGGGCCUCUGCGGCAGGAGCACGUGUCACUUUACCGGCAGUGAGCUUACAGGAAACAGGUAAAUUCGGGACUGCAUAACGAAGUGGUGUUUUCGCGUGUUGAGGCACUCACGGUAGUUACUACACUCCGCCAGCACCAGCACCGGCACCAGCAUGCAGCUCUCCUUGGAAUACCUCAGGACUCCCCCUGGGAUUCUUAAGUUAGUGGAAAUUGCUACGGUGGUGGUGGCCUUCGGCAUUUUUCGUGGCUCCGAUGCACGUUUCGCUCUGAGUCGGAGCCAAAACUUUGCCACGGACGCUGACUUCUUCGGAUGCGGCGUGCUGGUCACUGCGCUCAUCAUUACGCCGCUGCUCCUCACGUGCUACAUCAUGGGCCGCUACGAGAUCCAGAAGACCAUAUUUGAGAUCGUUUUCAACUUCCUGAUGUUCGUAUUCAUGUUGUCUGCUGGCUCCGUUGCAGUGGAUUCAUUUAAGAACGUAGAUGUCAUUGGCAGUAAUAUGGAAAAUACUUCUUUGGCGAUGGGUAGCUUCUGCAUAAUUGCCAGUUUUGCUUACCUGGUAGACACUGUUUUUGCAGUGCACCUGUACCGUAAGUGAUCCCCAAUACACACACACACACAAAAAAAAAAUCAUAUACACACAAAAACACACACACACACACACACACAAACAAA